AUGGCCUUUAGAACCCCAACGGCGAUGACUCCACUGCCCAAAUCCGUCCCGGGCACGCCUGGGCUUGGCAAGGAGACAACAACAAACACGCCCAUCCCACAGCCUCCCCAACAACCGGUUGAUUUCCCUCCACCCCAGACUUUCGAUAUUGUCCCGCCAUUGCACGGUCUCUUGCUUCGUCUCCUCUCUCCGCACGCUAACGCAGAAGGACCGUCGAACGGUACCAGAGCGGGUGAAGACACCACGGGGGCGGCGGCAGGCCCCAUCCCCGGCAGCGCGUCCGCUGCGGCAGAGAUAGCGGCCCUCGCGUCAAAUGCACCCCCGCCGCUGGACCUCAAGGAUCUUCCUACGGAAGCUAGCUCUAUCAAGAUUCGGAUACAAAAGGCAUACGGGGUGGUGGACAGCUUGCCCGACGUGCAGCGUUCGGUUUCGGAGCAGAAUGCAGAGAUUGCCGAGCUGGAGGAUCGAAUUGCAAGGCUCAAGUCGGUCAUUUCCGAUUUCGGCAGAAGAGCAGACUUGGGACAUUGA